CCUGUUUACAGCCGUACCUAUAUAAACAAAAACCGGUAUUAAAUAACUUUUAAUACCUAUCCGGAGACAAUUGUGUGUGGUGCUGAACGUGGACCGCAUUCGAAUUUUAUUUUAUUUAUUUUCUGUAAAAGUCUUCUGUGGACUUCUUCGCGAUGGCUUUGACCAUUGUGUUGGGGUUGACUAUCUUAAGUGUAGUAAACUAUGGUAAUACAUUUGAGUUUUCUGGACUUAACCCAUCAGUACAAAUUAAAUCACAAAUAAAACCAACCAUAAAGCCAUUUUCUACACAGACUAACCAACCUUAUCAAGCAGACCAAUUUAAGUCAACGUUUGGACAAAACACUGUACCUGCAAAGCCUUUUGGAGCCCCAUUUGACCACUUUAAACCAGCUUAUCAACCUUAUCAACCAUUCAGGACAAAUUAUCAACCAUUUGGUCCUUAUCCUGGAUACCCAGGACCUGUUGUAUAUCCCGGCCAUGGCGGUUAUCAAGGACCAGAGGCUUACUCCUCUCCAUCUUACCGUUUUGAUGAGCCUAACCACAAGCCAUUUGGUUUCCAACCGUUACCAGCACCGGUCCAGCCAACGUUCAAUCAAUACAAGUUUGGUCCAGCAAAAAAAUUCAAUAAAAAUUUCCCAGGAUUAGCCGAUUUUAAUCAACCGGGCAAAUAUUUCCAAGAACAUCAAUUUGGAGCAUAUCACGGACCUGAAUUUUCUUCUGCUAUUGUGCCUGCAGAACACAAUAUUAAACAAUCAAAACCUAAAGAUACGUUUUUAGGCAAGCCAAUUUUUCCGACUUUACCCGAAUUCGGAUUACCUAAACAAACCAGCUUUGGAUUUCCUUCGCCAUCAUUCGGGUAUCCAGUACCAAACUUCCCACCAGUUCAGCCUUUCGUCAGCACCGUAAUACCGUCGGUAAAAAGCGCACCCACUACAGUCGUUCCGGUGGAUGCCGUAAACGUGGAAAAAAAAUUCGGCGGAGCUGAAAUCACUACCUCUGUCGUCCCGUCGUCUUCGGCUCAAGAUGAAUCGGCAACGGUGCAACAGAAAUCCGAGGAGGUCACGGGCAAGCCGUCGGCAGCGACGCCUGAAAGCCCCGCUCAGGAGGAGAUCACUACCGGUUUAGUCUCUACCGCCGAAGAGCCCGCAGCCGAAGUAGCGCCCAACAAUGAAAAGCCCGCAGCCGAAGUAGCGCCCAACAAUGAAGUGCCCGCAGCCGAAGUAGCGACCAACAAUGAAGUGCCCGCGGCUGAAGUAGCAACCAACAAUGAAGUGCCCGCCGCAGCUCAGGACGCCGCCCCGGCCGACGAACAAAGCACACCACCAUCGGAGAGCAACGAACCCAUCAGCAGCGCCGAUAACGAGAAAAUCGCAACCGUCCCGGAAAACCAAGAGCCCGUCGUGGAACUCGGCUCGGUCGUGGUAGCCCAAGAAGUCAAGGAGACCUCGAGCGCCGCACCGGCUGAGGUUUCAAACAACCCGAGCGAGUCGUCCACCGUCGGCGGAUCCGAGUCCACCUCCGCGAAAUCCGAACUAGUCACCGAGAACAAACCCGACGCCGGUGUUCCGACCGUGAGCCUGCCGGGUCUACCCGUCGAACUACAAAACUCGAAUUUCGGAUCCAUAUCGGACACGUCUUCUCUGGGUCUGUUCGGUGCAUCUGGAUUCCCACCGAACUUUGGACAGUCCGUUAGUGUCCAACAGCCGUCGUACUACCCCUACUUCGAUGCUCCCAAGUUCUCGGAAGAAGAACUGAAGGCGUUCGCAGCUAGCUUCGGAACCAAUGUCCCACAGUCUGGCCAGGUUAUCGGAAGUGCAGACCCAACAGUUAAAAUCACCGAGAGCACUUUCAGUAAUCCGUCGGCUGAGAUCGCCACCAAACUCGAAACUGGAGACAAGGUUGUAAGUGAAGACAAAGCCGUGAGCGGAGAGAAAAAAACAACUGUUGAAUCGCAAUCCCGCAACAUCCCAGAAUCACAACCGAAGUUAAACACUGUACAAAUUAUCCAGGACGACCCGUUCAACGGACAGCUGCCUUUGUUGUAUGACCCAUCCAACUCCGGCUCGCCCCUGGACACAUACAAGUUCUACAACCACCCGUCCGUGGCCGCGUUGUCGUCUCAAGCCUCUCUGGCCUCGUACUCGCCCGAGUCCGCGUUCAACAACUUCGGAACCCAAUUCCGUCAAGGCUACUUGGUCGAAGGAUCGCCCUCGUUGACACCGCUCACCAAGACAGUCGUGCAGUCCGGCCAGACGCCGAUUUCCAUCUCAUCUCUGGACCAUCCGCUCCACAGCCAGGUGUUCAAAUACUCGCAAUCGUUCGUGCCGUAUCCCGGACUGGUGACCGGCAACAACAACGGUGCCGCUUUCCAAACUUUCGACGUAUCGUCCACCGCCGCUCCAGUCGUCUCCUCCACCACUGCCGCCGCCGCGGCCGCUGACGUUUCCGUCCAGUCGACAUCCGCUCCGGAUGUUGCGGUCGAGAGCAGCAGCGAAGUUCCAGCCGCCGAAACAGCUUAAGGUGUCCACGAUGUUCUUCCCGCCAUUCCCCUAUCCCCGGAAAUGGUCUCUUUACUUACUUUCCUCGUUCUUUCAAUAACAAACCAUCCAACAUUGCCUUUGUACAAUAUAUUAUUUGUACCAAUUUCCACGAUGACUGAACACGGCGAUCUGUUCGCAGUACCGAAGAUCGGCAGGGUUGCCAGCCAAUUUCAAAAGACUAUAAAUACGUGCCUAUUGUAAUUAAUAUUAUUGAACCAUGAUUAUGUAAUUUUUUUACACGAACGUAUUUAAAUACAAAUUACUGCGUAUAAUAAUAAUAAUAACCAUACCGUCCAAAAGCAUACA